AUGUGGGCAACACCAAUUCGCCAAUUUAGAGCCAGUGCCAGCAUCCGCCAGGUGUCGUUAACCUUCUUCACAAAGGAAACAUGCCAGUUGUGCACGAACGCCCGGGCCAUUUUGUAUAAAACAUUGGAGAACGAGAAAUUCCAGAACAUCAACGUCAAAGUGGUGGAUAUAAUGAAACCAGAAAACUCAGAUGCUUUUGACAAAUACUGCUAUGACGUGCCCGUUUUGCAUGUUGACAGAGAGGGUCAGGCCAAGCCAGUGAAAUUCAUGCAUUAUUUUGACGAGGCCAAAUUGGCUGAAGAAUUUGGCCGUUAG